AUGAGUGACGACGAAGAGUUGCCGCCAACUCGUCCAGGUUCAGACGAAGAAGAACUUCCGGAGACUGAUGUAGAAGAAGGAGAAGAAGAUUUAGGAGAGACGGAACCUGAAGUUGAAUCGGACGAUUCUUUCGAUAAAGCGACGACUAGCAAACCAGUGGUCGAUGAAGACUAUGAUUCGUUCGACGACUUUGUUCCCAGUCAAGUUCCGUCUCAAACCAAGAAGUUGAGCCAUAAACGAACUCUAGAAGAAACCGUUGUCUCGGAAUCGUCAUCAGAAGAUUCAGAUGCUGGGAAUGACAGUGAAUUCGUUCCGGUGGAAGAAACUCAAGAAGACGAGUUCCCUCACAGACGUUACACUUUAAGAGAACGAUCUGUUGCUAAAGAAGAGAAAAAGAACGUUUGGGAUGAUGGAGAAACUUCAAAAGAGUCAGAAGAAAUCGUUCUUGAUGAUUCUCUAGAUGAUUCUGAGUUUGUGGAUUCUGUUCUGGAUAAAAAGACGUCUGUGAAACGGAAGAAUACCUUUCUGGACGACGGAGAGUUUUUCACAAAUGGAAAUUGUUUUCAAAUCGACAAAGAAACCAAAAAUAAGUGGGCUAACAUGGUGGACCCACCUCCGGAAGCAUUGAAAGCUCUCAACGAAUUCUACGGGCACAAAGGAUUUCGAGAUAAGCAAUGGAAUGUCGUUCGAAAUGUGUUAGCAGAAAAAGAUCAGUUUGUGCUGAUGUCAACUGGAUACGGUAAAAGUGUGUGCUAUCAGCUGCCAUCACUUCUUCUGAAUACAAUGACUGUGGUGGUUUCUCCUUUGAUUUCACUAAUGAAUGAUCAAGUGACAACAUUGGUUGCGAAAGGAAUUGAUGCUGUGAAGCUGGAUGGUGACUCAAGUCAGAAAGAAUGGGAUCGAGUUUCAAAUAACAUGCAUAGAAUCAGAUUCAUAUAUAUGUCUCCCGAAAUGGUAACAAGCAGCAGAGGACUGGAACUUCUAUCUGCAUGUCGAGAACAUCUUUCCCUUCUGGCAAUCGAUGAAGCUCAUUGCGUUUCACAAUGGGGACACGACUUUAGAAAUUCAUAUCGUCAUUUAGCAGCCAUUAGAAACCGAUCCGAUCUUUGCACUGUCCCACUGAUUGCAUUAACAGCUACGGCUACUGUUCGAGUUCGAGAUGACGUCAUCGAGAACUUGAAAUUGAGAAAACCACUAAUUACAACAACAUCGUUCGACCGGAAAAAUCUGUAUAUUUCUGUGAAUUCUUCCAAGGAUGUGGCUACUGAUUUGUCGGUAUUUUUGCAAACCGAUGAUGUGAAAGGAAGACAUUUUGGUGGUCCAACUAUUAUUUAUUGUCAGACAAAACAGAUGGUGGACGAUGUGAAUACCGUUUUGAGAAGAAUUGGAGUUCGGUCUGCUCAUUAUCACGCUGGACUUUCGAAGACUCAACGCGAAAAAGCACACAAAGAGUUCAUGCAUGACAAGGUUCGUUCCGUUUUUCUAGAUCAUAUACCGAUUUCUUUUAAAGAUUACAACGAUCGUUGCAACUGUCGCAUUUGGAAUGGGAUCGACAAGCCUGAUGUUCGGAAUGUGAUUCACUAUGGAUGCCCGAAAGAUAUCGAAUCGUACUACCAGGAAAUCGGCAGAGCUGGAAGAGACGGUGCUCCGAGUGUCUGUCGUGUUUUCUUUGCUCCCAAGGAUUUGGCUACUAUCAAAUUCAAACUACGAAACAAUCCGCAAAUGUCGGAGGAGGUGUUGGAGAAUCUAAACCUCAUGUUGAGACAGCUAGAGCUCGUGCUGACUACUGUUGGUUGCAGAAGAUAUCAACUUCUGAAACAUUUCGACCCAUCAUUCGUUAAAGCAGCUACACCACAAGCGGAUUGUUGUGAUCGAUGUACAGAAAUGUUGAAUGGUAAUCAAGAUUCCACAUCAAGCACAAUUGAUGUAACUACUGAAUCCAAAUGGUUAUUCCAAGUGAUUCUUGAACUAUACAACGGAAAAACUGGAAUCGGGAAACCAAUCGAAUUUUUGAGAGGAUCGGACAAAGAAGCGUGGAGAAUGAAGAACAUAUCUCAGAAGCAACUUUUCGGAAUCGGAAAGAGCUUACCGGAGAAAUGGUGGAGAGCACUGGGAUCGUCUCUCCGAUUGGCUGGAUAUCUGGGAGACGUUAGAACGAUGCAAAUGAAAUUCGGGAGCUGUACAGUCCUGACGGACACGGCAGAGAGGUGGAUGCUGAAUGGAAAAGAACUGAAAAUCGAGGCAACACCGGUUUUAUUGCAAGGGAAGAAGGAGAAGAAUGUUCCGAAGGUGUCUUCUGGAGCCUCGAAGAGUUCCACUUCGAACGCAGUUCAGUUUGAUGAGAAGAAGAUUCUUGGAGCCCACAAACAACGAGAAUACGUUGCUGCUCAAGAUUUCGAACCACUCAAAAACAUGAAGCAAGACAUUGAAGAAGGUCUUCCUGAAAAGAUACGGCAAUUGCGGACCUGUCUGGAUGAUCUACGUGUGGAAAUGGCUAACAUGUACGAAGUGGCUCCAUUCCAAAUCGUUUCCAACUCCGUACUGGAUGGUUUUGCUAAUUUGCGACCUAGCUCAGUGUCAAAACUGAAUGUGAUUGAUGGAAUGUCGGCUGUUCAGAAAACGAAAUAUGGAAAGCGUUUUGUGGAUUGUGUGGUGAAGUUCUCGCAAGAAACUGGAGUUUCUAUGAAUGUUAGUGCAAAUGAUACCAUACCACACCAUAUCACAUCUAUUAUGGAGAAAGAGCUUGCUGAAUCGAUUCGCAGAGUCUACAUGCAUCAUUUGAUGACCAAACAAGACGCGAAACAAGUUGCUCAAGCACGCGGUAUCAGUGAGGGUACUGUCUACAAUUAUCUAGUGAUUGCUGUUGAAAAGGGACUUCCUGUGUAUCUGGAUAAACUGAAUGUCAAUCGGAAAAACAUUGCGAUUUGUCUCAACGCUGCGAGGACUCAUCUUGGUUCCAAUGUUAUUCGGCUUGCUCCAUGGAAAGAGGCUCUUGGAGAUGUAGUAGACUAUAAUCAGUUGAAACUGAUCAGAGCUGUUCUAAUUUAUGAAUUUGGAAUCGAAGAGAGUAAAGAAGAUGCUGCCAGUCCGAAGGUACCAUCGGCUGUGAACCAUCCUCCCACACCACGUCCACCUCCAGUUGCAUCAACAUCCCGUGCUCCACCGAUGAAGAAGUUCAAACUAUAA